AAUACAGAUAAUGCUUCACGACGGAGACGAUUUUCUUCUCUGAAUGACUUAUUUUCUUCCCGUAGAUUGUUAAAGUCCUCUUUUGUAACCAUCGGACUUGACGUUUCGUCAAGAAUAUCAUUAAUGCAGUAGCCAUUGACUUUGUAAGUUCCGACAUAGGUAAAUGUCCAACUUUAACAGAAAUACUGAAUCGAAUGAUCUAUAAUCAUGCCGGAGGCAGAAGUAACUUUUUUGUCCCAGUUUUAUUUGUUUCCUGAGCUUCUCGGACGUUUAGACGGUAAAUUUUUAGAACUUGAACGUGAACGUUUUAAGAGGCAAAAAGAGGAUGGAGAAUACUAAUUAGUAAGAAUAAAUAGAGCAAUGACCAAUUCUUCCUAUUCGCUAAAUGUCUCUCGUAAACAUAAACAAAUACAGACCGUGAUAGUACCUCUUGUAUCAAUGCGUUUAUCCGACGGAUGAGCUGAUAAGGCGAGUGAAGGACAGGGAGAACGCGUGAGAUUGCAGUAUUAUUGCAUUGAGUUAUGAGGCGAAAGACAAGGGUGUGACAAGGUCCAUGAGGGGCGAGGAGGCCAAAGCCAUUUGUCCCGAGAUUGUGCUGGUCACCGUACCGACAAUAAGGGACAAAGCAGAUUUAACCAGAUAUAGAGAUGCAGGAAGGGAAGUUGUGUCUGUACUUUGCAAAUUCAGCGACGUAGUUCAGAAAGCUAGUGUUGACGAGGCAUAUAUUGAUUUAACUGCACCCAUCCAAAAGAGGAUGAAUGAGACUAACAAUACUGGUAUAAAGAUUGAAGAUCUGGCCAGUACGUUUAUUGUUGGCUAUUCAGAUGAUAAUUCCAAUGAGGAAGAAGAAAGGCAAAAAGGGACAAAAAGCUGGUUGCAAGAUAUUUUUGAUAGUGAUUUCCAUCCUGAGGCUGCACAGCGACUUGCUUACGGGGCUGUCAUUAUUGAGGAAUUAAGAAAAGCUGUGCUUGAAACGACUGGUUUUAAAUGUUCAGCUGGAAUUGCACAUAAUAAGGUACUUGCUAAAUUGGCAUGUGGAAUCCACAAGCCAAACCGUCAAACGGUUUUGCCUCAGGAUUCAGUGGCAGGCUUGUUUGCCACUCUUCCCCUUAGGAAAGUCAGGAGCCUUGGUGGAAAAUUCGGGGAAGAGAUAGAAGAAAGUCUCGGCUGCAAAUUUAUGGGCGACCUACUUAAAUAUUCGGAGAAAGAGCUCAGAGACAGAUUUGAUGAUAAAACCGGGUCGUGGCUUUACAACAUGUCAAGGGGUUACGAGUACGAGCCGGUACAGUCACGGCUGGUUUCUAAGAGUAUUGGCUGCUGUAAAAAGUUUCCAGGAAAAGUGGCGUUAAAGUCACGCAAGGACGUGGAACACUGGCUCAACAAACUGUCGGAAGAACUGCUUGAAAGACUUCUAGAAGAUGAAGCAAUGUAUAAACGAAGGGCCACCCAGAUAGUUGUAUCAGUUGCCUUGGAAAUUAAUAAAAAAGAUAUUGUAUCUUCAAAAACUCUUCUCUUGCCUUCAUAUAAUUACGAUAAAAUUUUUUCCUUGGCAAUGGGCUGUUUGAGGAAGUUCUGUACCGAAGACCCAUCAAGUUUGGCAUGGUCACCGCCAAUUAAAUAUUUAGGUCUGUCAUCAGGAAAGUUUAGUGAUGUUGGUACAAAGACGAUUAACAGCUUUUUUAAGCCCGUUGAGUGUAAAACACUUGGUGAAAAAACAACCUUACAAAUUGAUUUGCUCGAUGAUACUGGUAGCCCUUCUUUUUUUGAAAAGAUAUUUCUUAAAGACGUAGAUUCAAAGGGGAAAGAAAGGCCUAAAUUGAGUUUGUUGCCUUUUUUGGAAAAAGCUGAAGAUGACGAUUCUAAGCAAAAUUGUGUAGAAAGCGACUUUAUAGAACCAAUAGAAAAGAAUGAAGUUGAAAGCAAAACUAAAACAAACAUUAAAACAAUGUUUAAGAAAAUUGAAGACAAAGAAAAUCGUUUGAACAUUAUAAAAAAUGAUAAAGUUAAAGAAGAGAUUUUAGAUUCAAUGGAAACUAAGUUGGUAAAAGAUCCUCCAAAAUCGACAAUAAACUGUUUAUUUUCGAAAACAGAAGAAAAGCCCCAGAUAAAAAAAGCCAAGACGAUCGAGUCUUUUUUAACAAAUAAUACCACUGCGCAAUUUAAUCCAGAGGAAAUUUUCCCUGAUUUGAAUGCAAUCGAUGAUGAGAUACUAUCAAUGCUGCCGCCUAAUUUUAGAAAAAAAGUGAUCGAACUUAGAGAUCAAAAGCGCAAAGAAGUAGCAGUUCACAAUAUUGAUAAAGGCAAAUUAAAUGAAUUCACUGAUGUGAAUAAGCCAUCCACUUCUGGUUUCCAAGACGUGACAGAAAAAAAUAUUUGCAAUGAAGAAUUUUGUGAUUCUGAAGAAUCAAACCCUGAAAUAGCAGUCCUUGUGGAAUUAACUGAAGAUAUUGAUUAUAAAAUAUGUCAAGAAUGUUUUAACAAAGUACCUGUGCUUGAAUAUGAAGAACACUGUGAUUUUCAUCUGGCAACAAAACUUCAGAAAGAGUUGAACACCUUUCCAGUGGUGCAAGAUGUCAAACCAAAAAUUCAGAUGUCCAAGGCAUCACAGCCUAAGAAACGAAAAAGCAGUGAUUUGAAACAAGGCAAAACAAAUAAAAAGGUUAUGAAAAGCAUCGAUUGUUUUUUUAAAAAGUAAUUUAUGAAAAGAUUUAAAAUAUUCAACUUCUGUGAUAAAUAUGCAUAAUUAUUAUAUUUUUUUAUAUAAAUGUGAAUGUUAUAUUGUAUGUAACAAGCUACCGCAGUCACCUUAAUCAAUAAAA